CCAAGUCUGACCGUGACCAGGCCUAAGUCGGCCUGGCCGUUCUUUCCUGAUAUGUCUUACGUUAUGAAUUCUUUUUAAGCGGGUCACAGUGGGUAUUUGUUAUUUGGCGAGCGAGUAGUUUACGGCUUUGGAUAUCUAGCCAGGUUUGGGUCAUGUUCAUCAUAUGUUGAUGUUUUCUGUUUUGAUAAUACCGGAUCAAGGAUUGGAUCCACGACGAUACCAAAUGUUUACACACAUCAUUAUUACCCUUUUCACGUUUUUCAUGUAUGGACUCCUAAGCAUGUUUUUCCUCGCUAACGCAGCGACUGGGCGCAAAUCAUGUCGGACUUUGUCAGUCAGUCACUGGCCCAGCCAAGCUAACCAUAUGUAUCAUUUCAGCAAUAUUCAAUCAGUGCCGCCUAUAUCACUUUCUCCUUUUGCUGUGUCACUCUUAUUCCUCCGCCCCGUCCUCAUCGCCCCCUAUCUAUUGUGGUGGUGGUGGCUACCAAAGAAUUCUGCCAUCAAGCGAUGUGCAGUGGAAUCAUAGCCGACGUUUUCAGAUGACGUCCAUCCCCUGCCAUUUUGCCUCUCACCCCGGUUACCGAAUGGCUUUCCGCCUUUUUGCGCUUCGCUCAAACACAAGGCUUACUCCACCUUCUUUCGGCUCUUCCUUUCCUGAAAGGGGCAAUGCUAC